UUGAGAGCUUUCCGCACGUUGUAUCUCUCUCGGAUUCAAACAAUGAUUCCAUAUUUGAGUGCAUGGAGGCAAAAAGAACGGAGUUCGAUCCUGUCGCAAAGACCGCAACGUUCGUAUGGACAUUCCGGCCUCCAGGGUCUUCAAACAAGCUAGAUGUUCCAUUCCCUCAAAGAGUUGGAAACGAACCUGGAACAAUUCAAUUUUGGUCUCCUCAAGAUCCCACACCAAGAGAAGGAAGGCUCUACUACACAGACUACGACACUUGUGCUAUUCUAGACUUUGAAAUCCUCGGACAUCAAUGCUCGCUAUGGGUCCGGACAGAUACCAUUCAGUCCUUGCCACAGGAGUGCAUCGACCAAUUCGAAGACACUUGUGGCGUGGUGGUUCCCAAGCAACGUAGAGAGCUUUGCGGCGACAGUGAUAUCAACUUUUGAUGAUAAACAUCAGCGCGCACCAA